UUUGUUUAGCUUUUAACAAUCUUCAACCCAAAUAAACUAAACUGAUUCACAUUAACCACUUCCUCCAAUUCAUACAUCCAAAAUCCAAAUACACCUUCAAAUCGAACCCUAAAUUGAACCACCUACACAUCAACAAUCACACAAAUUCACUACCAAAUGUCAUGUAAACCCUAUCCCCCAAUACUUGUUCAAGACGACGAUGGUGAGGUGGACUCAACAACACUUGAUCGAUUGUUCCACACGCGUUUUUCAGAUCUCAUCAUUGUUGUUAACUGCUUCAGUUUGUUAUGGAAUCGAAGAAGAAGGUUGUAGAAGAACAGACUAAUAAGAGUCACGAGGAGAACGUGAAGAUUGUGAAUUGGGAGGAUUAUCAGCAUGAGGUUGCUCGCCUUUCGAGUUUGUCGGCUGCGGUUAAUGAAGCGAAUUAUAACAAGUGUUUGCUUCAGGAGAAAGUUAAUGAGCAUUUGCAGUCAGAAGCAGAGUCAUUGAGUUGGUCAAAUCAACUAGAUGAGAUGCGUGAAAAACUGGAAGCUCGAAAGUUGGUAAUGGGAAACACAUCAAUGAAUUUAAAAGUUGUACAAGAAAAGGCUAAAAAGCAGGAGGAUCAACUUAACUCCGAGAUUAGAUCUCUGCUUAUGGCUGGAACUUCUCUUUCUGUCGCUAGUAGGAGCUUGCAGGAAGAAAAUAAUUCUUUGGCUGGAGAAAGAGGGUACGGUCAUUUAAAGAACGUGCAGAAGUUGCUGAGGAUGAGACAACAAUUCAUGGUGCUCCAAAUUUCGUUACUCUAUCCUGUGAAAGUUGCUACUGGACAUACAUUUGAGCAAGAACUCGAUUCAUAUUCCAACAACAGUAAAUCAGGGAAUCCUUCUGGAGUGAAAGCAGUUGAUGCCUCAGGAUCUCUGACUAUAUCAGGUCUUCAUCUGACUGUACUCCCUUUUAAGAAAAUGAGUUUUUUCACUGAUAAGAAGGAAGUCCAGAGCUCAGCAACUGCUCUUGGUUAUGUUGCACAUGCUGUUUCAUUAAUCGCUUUUUAUUUAGAAAUUCCUUUGCGCUACCCGUUACGAUUAGGAGGUUCUCGUACAUAUAUAUGUGAUUACGCUCCCUCGGUGGAGCCCACAUCAUCAGAUUUUACAUCAAUCUCAUUACCUUCCUUAAGCUCAAAGCCCAUGGAAUUUCCCCUGUUCUUGGAAGGACAAGACACAACAAGAUCAGCUUAUGCCGUUUUUCUACUAAAUAAGGAUUUGGAGCAGCUCUUGAAUUUUAUUGGUGUUGAAAGUUUAGGGCCACGGCACGUGCUGGCUAAUCUGAAAGAGCUGCUGAACAAGAUCCUCUCUCCAGAUUACAUCAAUUUAUAACCAAAGUUGUACAUGUUUUUUUACACCCCAUUAAUGGAGCACUUGCAGACUGACUUAUAUUGUGGAAAGCUUGUGUAAGUAACUAGGCGUUUAGGGCAUGUCUUGAUGUGAACAAUUUUUCUUUUCAUUUAAAGAAGCCGGAAAUCACAUUUGAGUGAUCGUUCUGUACGCUCUUAAUAGCAAAUAUAUCAUAGGGAUUAUAUUGUGUUGGAUUUGUUAAUUAGUAACAUGGUUAUUUUUUUUUAUCGAAAGAAAUAGAUUGUU